CUCUAAAUCAUUUCUUACUUACUCCCUUCUCAUAAUUCUCUCCUUUAGACUUUUUGUAAUGGUAUUUUUUUUCUUCUAAAACCAAAAAAAAUAAAUAAAGAUAUAUAAUAUACUAUGUAAUAUAAACUUUGUUAGUAUUAGUUUUUUCAAUCUCUAUAUGUGCUUUAUUCUCUCUUUUUUUUGGUUCUCCCUUUGGGUUUGAUUCUGUCCAGAGUUUCUGUUUUUCUUUAAUUUGCAUUUGUUCCUUAAUUUAGAUCUUCACUUUUGUUCUUUUUUUAAAAAAAUAAAAAAUAAAAAUAAAUUUUGCUAAUUCUAGCUUUCCAUAUAUAACCCUAAUUUUAUCAGUAGAGAUUCUUCAAGAUAGGUUCAACUUAUUUAGGUUAAAAAAUAAGCAAUAUUUUUGAGUUUGAGGUAAUAUUUUGCAAUUAUGGCUAAUUGGUGGGGUGGUCAGGUGGGCAUAUCCGGGCUUGAGUCAGGAUCUUGCCCACCUAUGCUUCUAACGAAGCAGGUUUCGAGUGGGAGUAGUGGUGAAAAUCAAGAAGAUAAUGAUAGAGAAAAUGGUGAUCAUGAGCCUAAAGAAGGUGCGGUUGAGGUUGGUAAUAGAAGACCUAGAGGUCGUCCACCAGGAUCCAAGAACAAGCCCAAACCACCAAUUUUUGUGACCCGGGAUAGCCCUAAUGCCCUCCGGAGCCACGUCAUGGAGGUGGCAGGAGGGACAGAUGUUGCAGAUUGUAUUGCACAAUUUGCGAGGAGGCGCCAACGUGGCGUUUGUGUACUUAGUGGGAAUGGCUCGGUUGCAAAUGUAACCCUAAGACAACCAUCAUCUCCAGGUGCUAUUGUUCUACAAGGAAGAUUCGAGAUUUUAUCAUUGACCGGAGCAUUUUUACCCGGUCCAGCCCCUCCUGGCUCGACCGGGUUAACUGUCUAUUUGGCCGGUGGCCAAGGACAAGUGGUUGGUGGUAGUAUUGUUGGGCCGUUAAUUGCUGCGGGCCCAGUAAUGAUUAUAGCUGCCACUUUUUCUAAUGCAACCUAUGAAAGGUUGCCACUAGUAGAAGAAGAGGAAGAGGUUGGAGGCGAUCGCCCCAGCCAAUCACAAGUACCGGCUGAAAAUUCGCCUCCAACCCUAGGUUCAAGUGAUGGAAGGCCACAACAACAACAUCAACAACAUGAAUUGCCUGAUCCAUCAUCAUUACCUAUUUAUAAUUUUACACCAAAUUUAUUACCAAAUGGUGGACAAUUGAAUCAUGAUGCAUAUGCUUGGGCAAAUCCUAGACCACCUUAUUGAGAUUUCUCAAAAAAAGAAGAAGGUGAAAUUUGAUGAAUAAAAGAAGGGUAUAUUAGGAUCAAGAGAUCAUAUGUAUUAAGGUAAUUAAGUUUCUAUCAAUGUUUGAUUUUAUACGUAGAGUUUAUAAUGUUUGUGUUUUGUAGGAAAAUGUUUUUUGGAAGAAGUAUAUAUAGUUAUAGGAUGGAGAAAAACUAUAUUACUUUUUCUAAGUAUAUAAACAUUUUCUCUUGUAGCUUUCAUUAUGGUUGAAAUAAAAUAUGGUUUAUUUC